GCCCAAGGGCACGGUGGCGCGCUGGCUGCCCGCGCCCGGCGAGAAGCGCGUGUACGAGACGUGGGUGCUGUGGUACUCGAUCGUGUGGAUGGGCGCGUUCGGUGUCAUCAUCGCGCUCGAACUGUACGAGGAGUUCACCGCGGCGACUUACUUUCUCGUCUGCGGCGGCCUCGCGGCGCCGCUAGUGCUGCGCGAGUUGGCGAGAGGCGGCGCGGACGGGCGGCCGCUGGGCGAACGGCACGGUGCGCGCGCGCAGCUUUGGAUCGCCAUCUUUGGCUUCAUCGGCAACUACUGGUACACGCACUACUUUUACUGUGUGCUGCGCGCGCGCUACACGGUGCCCGCGUGGCGGCUGAAUGACGUGCCCAUCUGCAUGUACCUCGCCACCCACUUUUACUUUUCCUCCUACCAUGUCUUCGCCAACCUGGCGCUGCGGCGCGUCGCGACCGGCUUUGCGCCCGGCAACCUGCGCACCGCUCUGUUCGCGUACGUGGUCUGCGCCCUCUCGUACGCCACCGCCUUCAUGGAGACGCUCACGAUCUCGCACUUUCCGUACUACGACUUUGAGGACCGGCACAUGGCGUACACCCUCGGCUCGGCCUUCUACGGCAUCUACUUCCUCGUCUCCUUCCCGGUCUACUACGCACUCGACGAGCCCGGCAACACGCCUCUCGAGGGCACCGGCCUCCGCGGCGUCGCCCUCUCCUCGCUCGGCGCCGGCAUGCUGGUGCUGCUGCUGCUCGACCUGACACGGCUCGCCGCCGCGGGAGCUCCGCUCACCAUCGGAGGCAAGCUGUGGGAGGUGACGCCGAAGGGACUGGCGGGGUCCGCCUGACUCCCCCCCCCGCCGCCUUCUUCCGUCCGGUGCCGCGCGGGUGAGCUUUUGCGUUGGAUUUUUUUGGGUCCCACGUGUCGCCCAUUUGUAGAACGGCGGGCCACAC